UAUAGUGUCACUUCGUUCAUUAUUCUGUACUCUGGUGAAGUGGCAUAAGUGAAAGAUGAAGAAUGAUGUUUGUCUGCCCACACCAGGAGGAGGAUUCAGUGCUCUCACCUGUUCCACAGCCAUAUUUAAGUGAUGAUAUUUGGUUAAAGUGCAUGGGCAGGGUCUGGAAACUGCGAGUCCUUCCAGUGGAUGUGUUCCUUUGAAUGACGUGCAGUCGCAAACGUAUAUGAGUCAUAAUCCAUGAAACGUGAAUUCCAUGUAAACAUUUUGAAGAGUCAAAUGGACUUGGAAUUGAAUUACAAAAUAAAGUGUGAGUUAUUGUAUUGAGACAGAGGGAUGCGUUGAAUUUACUGUGCGUAGUGUGUAAAAGCUGGUGUGGCUGACCUGAAGGAGUGUAUCUGUGUGUGCGUGUGUGGUGGGGGGUGUUGACUUUCACAUGACAUUGACGCUCUGGAGAUGUUGAGGAGCAGCUAAUCGCAAACAGUCUGUGCUCGGUGGAUUCAGAACCACUCGCCCGUGGACAGCUCCGCCAAGACCGCUUUACAUGGACACAACACUCUUUGGACACAUUGCUAAUACUGGAAGUUUACAACUUGGAGAGGAAUCUACGGAUACCUCAAACUACACACGGAAAAAUUCCCUUUGCCAGAGGAUUCAAAUUCACUGUUAACUGAAGCGGUCUCGGGUUCGAGCGGGUGUUUGUGUGGAGCUCCGCUGUUGUCUGCGCGGACUGGUGCUGAAAUCAGAGACAUGGCGACAAACAACACCAGAAACGCCGACGGACAAGUUGUGACGGAACUGAACGAGAUCACAACGAACGACAAACCCAAAACCGAGGACGACAAAUCGGAGAAGAAGACGAAAGACAUUCCGGACAGGGAAACUUGGGGUGGGAAAUUUGAUUUCCUGCUGUCAUGUGUAGGCUACGCCAUCGGACUGGGCAACGUGUGGAGAUUUCCUUACCUGUGCGGGAAAAACGGCGGAGGGGCUUUCUUAAUCCCGUACUUUUUGACGCUCAUUUUUGCGGGAGUUCCUCUGUUUUUCCUUGAAUGCGCUCUCGGACAGUACACAUCCAUUGGCGGCCUUGGGGUUUGGAAACUGGCUCCAAUGUUCAAAGGUGUUGGUCUUGCUGCUGCCGUUUUGUCAUUCUGGCUGAACAUUUACUAUGUUGUCAUCAUUGCCUGGGCCCUGUACUACCUAUACAACUCCUUUACUACUGAGCUUCCAUGGAAAUCUUGUAACAAUCCCUGGAACACAGACAGAUGCUAUACCAACUACAGCAUAGUAGACACUGCCAAUCUCACCAGUGCUGUCAAGGAGUUUUGGGAACGCAAUGUGCAUCAAAUGACCGAUGGCUUAGAAAAACCUGGUGAGAUUCGCGUGCCACUCGCUAUAACGCUGGCCAUUGCCUGGGUCCUUGUGUACUUCUGUAUUUGGAAAGGAGUGAGCUGGACUGGAAAGGUUGUGUACUUCUCUGCCACCUACCCAUACUUCAUGCUGUUUAUUCUGUUCAUCCGUGGGGUGACUCUGCCUGGGGCUCGCGAAGGAAUCUUGUUCUAUAUCACUCCAGAUUUUGAGAAGCUGAAGGAGUCGGAGGUUUGGCUGGAUGCUGCAACACAGAUUUUCUUCUCGUAUGGUUUGGGUCUGGGCUCCCUUAUUGCUCUUGGCAGCUACAACCCUUUCCAUAACAAUGUGUACAGGGACUCCAUCAUUGUGUGCUGCAUAAAUUCCUUCACUAGCAUGUUUGCUGGAUUUGUGAUUUUCUCUAUCGUGGGAUUCAUGGCACAUGUGACAAAGAGAUCAAUAGCUGAUGUAGCUGCAUCAGGUCCUGGUUUGGCAUUCUUGGCCUAUCCAGAAGCUGUGACGCAGUUACCCAUCUCACCACUGUGGGCUAUUCUCUUCUUCUCCAUGCUGCUCAUGUUGGGAAUCGACAGUCAGUUCUGCACGGUGGAGGGCUUCAUUACUGCUCUUGUGGACGAGUUCCCCCGGGUGCUCAGAAAGAGGAGGGAGAUCUUCAUCGCAUGUGUCUGCGUUGUGUCCUACGCCAUUGGUCUGUCAAAUAUCACACAGGGCGGUCUCUAUGUGUUCAAGCUCUUUGAUUAUUACUCAGCCAGUGGAAUGUGUCUGCUCUUCUUGGUGUUCUUCGAGUGUAUCUCAAUCUCUUGGUGCUAUGGUGUGAACAAGUUUUAUGAUAACAUCCAAGAGAUGAUUGGAUACAAGCCAUGCCUGUGGUGGAAACUGUGCUGGGUUUUUUUCACCCCUCUAGUUGUUGGCGGUGUGUUCCUCUUCAGUGCUGUGCAAAUGGUGCCUCUUACCAUGAACAACUAUGUGUUCCCUAAAUGGGGGCAGGGAGUGGGAUGGCUCAUGGCGCUAUCCUCUAUGGUUCUCAUACCCGGCUAUAUGGUCUACAUGUUCCUCAAUCUGAAGGGCACAUAUAAGGAGCGAAUCAGGAUCAUGCUGCAUCCUGCAGCAGUGAAGCAAACACAGGAGAAUGGACCAGAGCAACAGCAGCCACAGCAACCAGAGCAGUCACCGCAGCAACCGCAAUCACCGCCGCAAUCACCGCAGCAGCCGCAAUCGCCCCAGCAACCACAAUCACCGCAGCAGCGGCAAUCGCCCCAGCAACCACAAUCACCCCAGCAACCACAAUCACCCCAGCAACCACAAUCCCCCCAGCAACCGCAAUCACCGCAGCAACCGCAAUCACCACAGCAACCGCAAUUGCCCCAGCAACCGCAAUCGCCCCAGCAACCGAACCAGACACAACUGCAGCUGAAAUCUCCCCAGCAACCGCAGUCACCCCAGCAACCACCACAACAAGCACAGCCGCAGGUGCCGGCUGACAAAUCUUCUUCAGCUAUACCUGGCAAUGAUGCCAAUGUCUAAAACCAGUAGAGGUGCACCCCAGCCGAGAGCAAUCAAAGAUUAACAACACAGAGGACUUCCAUGUUUAUACAGUUAUAGAAUCAUCUACCUCCAGGGUACAGUCAUACAUAAUCAAGAUAAACACAAAAAGUGAAGAAAAAAACAUUUAUACGAACUUGCAUUUGUAAAACGUACACCCUGUAAGUUUUCCAAAUGCAAAAUACAAAGCGUCAAGUGUUAAAAAAUGACUUAUAUACUAUGUAUCAUGUGUAUAUGUCUCUACUAAGGUUAUACUGUGAGUUAGAUUUACGGACAGUGCACUGCUUUGCAAUGCAUAAAUGAUAUCUGUGAGGUGUACACUGUUUCUAUGUUGCACUGGGGACUAAAGCACAGAGGGAAUUCAAAAGCAUCAAAGGGAAAGUCGGUGUUACAUUCUGGGUCAUUUGGGAAAUCCAAGGUGUAUCAAGCGAGCCCUGUGCCAGAAGCACAACAAAUUUGUAGAACCCUCGGAUGACCCGUUAUUGUGUUGUUUAAUAUUUUUGUUGAGAGAGACUGUUAGUAUUGAGAAAAAAAGAGAAACUAUUGUAUGUGACUGAAACAUUUGCAGAAUUAUUUUUCAGAAUGCUUUUACUACUUUCGUGUUGUUACCAAGGACCAAAAUCAUAGACUAAAGCAAAAACUAAUCUAUGCCAGGCAGUAUGUAGUUUGUAAAGCACAGGGUACAAAAACACAAACAACACAGGGUGAACAUUUUUACUAUCAUCUACACACUAUUGUCCUGUUUACACGUCCCCUCAGGAAUAUCUCAAAAGAAUCCUAUCUAAGAUAUGUCUCUGGCCCUAAGUGCAUAUUGGGGCUUCAAGCCUGUUAGAAACUAAAAUUGAAGUCGGAAUUUGCAUGACCAUCAGUUAAAUAAAAAGCUCUAACGAUCCCAACAAUUGUUUACACUACUAGAUUGUGCCAUGUUUUCUGGGGAAGUAAACUACAUAUUCUCCCGAGUUAGUAGCAUAUAUAAAAAAAAAACAUUUGGGGUCUUUUGGCCCUUUUUGCCACCCAAAAGCACAAGACUGCUCCAAUGAUAGAGCAAUGAUGUGGUGACAGUUUGCAUCAAAGGCAGCUACAUGUGAAAUGCAUUGGAUCGUCUUAAAAAUGUUUGCUACGAGGAGACAAGUACCUACAGUCGUGGCCAAAAGUUUUGAGAAUGACACAAAUAUAAAUUUUCACCAAGUCGACUGCUUCAGUGAUUUUUAUAUGUUUUUGUCAGAUGUUACUAUGGUAUACUGAAGUAUAAUUACAAGCAUUUCAUAAGUGUCAAAGGCUUUUAUUGACAAUUACAUUAAGUUUACGCAAAGACUCAAUAUUAGCAGUGUUAACCCUUCUUUUUCAAGAACUCUGCAAUUCGACCGGGCAUGCUGUCAAUCAACUUCUGGGCCACAUCCUCACUGAUGGCAGCCCAUUCUUGCAUAAUCAAUGCUUGGAGUUUGCCAGAAUUUGUAGGGGGGGGGGGGUUUGCUUGAGGAUUGACCAAAAGUUCUCAAUGGGAUUAAGGUCUGGGGAGUUUCCUGGCCAUGUACCCAAAAUGUUGAUGUUUUGGUCCCCGAGCCACUUAGUUAUUACUUUUGCCUUAUGCAAGGUGCUCCAUCAUGCUGGAAAAGGCAUUGUUUAUCACCAAACUGUUCUUGGAUGGUUGGGAGAAGUUGGUCUCUGAGAAUGUUUUUGUACAAUUCUUUGUUUAUGGCUGUGUUUUUAGGCAAAAUUGUGAGUGAGCCCACUCCCUUGGCUGAGAAGCAACCCCACACAUGAAUGGUCUCAGGAUGCUUUACUGUUGGCAUGACACAGGACUGAUUGUAGCGCUCACCUUUUCUUCUCUGACUUUACCCCAGUCCAAUCCGUGUACCUUUUGCAGAAUAACAGUCUGUCCUUGAUGUUUUUCCUAGAGAGAAGUGGCUUCUUUGCUGCCCUUCUUGACACCAGGCCAUCCUCAAAGUCUUGGCCUCACUGUGCGUGCAGAUGCACUCACACCUGCCUGCUAUACCUGAGCAAGCUCUGCACUGGUGUUGCCCUGAUCUCGCAGCUGAAUCAACUGUAGAAGACGAUCCUGGCGCUUGCUGGACUUUUUUGGGCGCCCUGAAGCCUUCUUCACAACAAUUAAACCUCUCUCCUUGAAGUUUCUGAUGAUCCGAUAAAUGGUUGAUGUAGGUGCAAUCUUACUAGCAGCAAUAGCCUUGCCUGUGAAUCCCUUUUUGUGCAACGCAAUGAUGACUGCACAUGUUUCCUUGCAGGUAAACAUGGUUAACAGAGGAAGAACAAUGAUUUCCAGCACCACCCUCCUUUUAAAGCUUCCAGUCUGUUAUUCUAACUCAAUCAGCAUUACAGAGUGAUCUCAGCCUUGUCCUCGUCAACACUCUCACCUGUGUUAACCAGAGAAUCACUGACAUGAUGUUAGCUGGUGUUUUUAUGGCAGGGUUGAAAUGGAAUGUACAUGUUUUUUUGGGGGACUAAGUUAUUUUUCAUGGCAAAGAGGUACUUCACAAUAAAAUUAAAUUCAUCUGAUCACUCUUCAUAACAUUCUGGAGUAUAUGCAAUUCGCAAUCAUAAAAACUGAGGCAGCAGACUUUGUGAAAAUUAAUAUUUGUGUCAUUCUCAAAACUUUUGGCCACGACUGUACAUAAAUGUGAAAUGGCUUCGUCCUGUGAAUUUUGUACAAAGUUUCUUUUCUGCAGUUUUAUCUGGAACUUUAUUGUAAAACUGUAUUGUGUGAAACAUGUAACCUUGGAUGUCUGUAUUCCAUUGUCUAAAUGUUGAAAUUGCUGUUUUCUGCAAUAAUAUUUUGAUCUCUGAAUUACAUAUCUUAUGGAAGUUAUGGGAAAUAAGUGAUGAUUAUAAAAAGGAUUAUAAAACAUAAUAGAAUUUAUGUCUCGUAAGAAAUUAUAUUGUUUUGUAUAUUUUUAACUGUAACACUGCCUAAAACAAAUUAUACAUAGGACAUGUAUUUAAAUGGUGUCAUAUGAAAAAGCACGAUUGUUAUGUAAAAUGUAUGAAUAAACAUAGGAAUAUUUGUGGUCUAUAAUGUGUGUGUUAAAUUCCAAUGUUUAGUAUAGAGGUUUGAUUGUUUGUUUGUUUGUUUGUUUUUCAAUGGUCAUUAUGUUUCAAAGAUUACACUUUUAAAUGUGUGGUACAAAUAAAGACAUAAAAGAAUGCAGUUAAAGAGCCACUAAGCAGUAAUGAACUGAAUUGUUGAAGGGAUGACACUGAAUGGGCAUUGUAUUGCAAUAUGACCCCAGUUUCUGCUGUAUUAUCUAUAUUCAGUUACAAAUAAAAAAUGCAAUAGAGGUACAACAAGGGAAUCAGAAACAUGUAUAGAAUACAAGCAGUAACUAGACAAUCAGUAAAUAAAAGAAGUACUGCACAGUACUGUUUACAUUUCAAGAAAUGCAUUGAUGUAAGUUUCAACAAUAAUUAAACUCAAUUGGAAAUUAAAGUCGAUUUUUUGUUAAAAAGUUGAAUGUGUAUAGUUAAAAAAUGAGUGCGAGUCAGUGAAUUAAAAAAAUGUAAAAAUGGUUAAUGACAUUUGUGUUUGU